AGGGGAGCGGAAGCGAUGCGGGCGGAAGAGGCCUGCAGCCAGUGGGUGUCGCGGUGCCGGGAUUAGAGGAUUUGGACUGAAACUGAGGUUAUUCGCGUUUAUCACGCCCAGCCUUCCACGGCCUUCCAGCCCGGCGACAUGAUUCUUCUGGAAAUUAACAACCGGAUCAUCGAGGAGACGCUGAGUCUGAAAUUUGAAAGCGCGUCGAGCGGGAAUAAACCGGAGGCAGUAGAAGUUACUUUUGCUGACUUUGAUGGCGUCCUCUAUCACAUCUCGAACCCUAAUGGAGAUAAGACCAAAGUGAUGAUCAGCAUCUCGCUUAAAUUCUACAAGGAGCUGCAGGAACACGGAACUGAUGAGCUCUUGAAGAGGGUGUAUGGAAAUUUCCUUGUGGCACCUGAGUCAGGCUACAAUGUGUCCUUACUGUAUGAUCUGGAAACGCUUCCGCCGAACAAGGAAGAAGCUGUUCAUCAGGCGGGCAUGCUGAAGAGGAACUGCUUUGCAUCUGUCUUUGAGAAGUACUUCAAGUUCCAGGAGGAGGGCAAAGAGGGGGAGAAGAGGGCUGUGGUCCACUACCGCGAUGAUGAGUCCAUGUACGUGGAGGCGAAGAAAGACAGAGUCACAGUGGUUUUCAGCACCGUCUUCAAAGACGACGAUGAUGUCAUCAUCGGGAAAGUGUUCAUGCAGGAGUUUAAGGAGGGUCGGCGAGCGAGUCACACAGCUCCACAGGUGCUGUUCAGUCACAGAGAGCCCCCUCUGGAACUGAAGGACACAGAUGCUGCUGUGGGUGACAACAUUGGCUACAUCACAUUCGUCCUCUUUCCCCGACACACCAACACAAAUGCCAGAGACAACACCAUCAAUCUCAUCCACACCUUCAGGGACUACCUGCACUACCACAUCAAGUGCUCCAAGGCUUACAUUCAUACACGCAUGAGGGCCAAGACCUCGGAUUUCCUGAAGGUGCUGAACAGAGCAAGACCUGACGCUGAGAAAAAGGAGAUGAAGACCAUCUCGGGCAAGACCUUCUCUCGCUGAAGAACAUCUCACUCCAAACCCAGCAUACUCAGACGAAGCCUCUACCCCAUCUACUUGUUGGACAGGCGAGAAGGUCUUGUCUGUCAUCGUCUCAUCCUCUUUUGUUGCUUUUCUUUUUUUAAGAAAUAGAAUGUGUAUGCUUUGUAAAGACAAUGUCCGACAUUUUAAAAAUGGCCUUUCUUUCUUGGAGCAUAUCAAAAUAUAUAUUAAAGUCAUAAAUAUAUAGAUAUAUCUGUAUAAAAUGAACGUUUUGAUACAAAGUCUUUUACUCUGGAUACUUGUUACUGUCUUGCUUGCAUUUGUUCAGUAGCCUGUUGCAUCCAUCUAUCUCAGCACCCUUGCCUUUCAUGUCCGUCAUAAUUGACCGCUGUCAGUGGAUGGUACAACAUAACGAAUAAAUCAUCUUGUUUAGGAAA